AUGGCAGGAUCGAGUACCUCUGAGCUGCGAACUCCAAUUUUCAAUGGAGAAAAUUAUGAGUUCUGGAGUAUCAGAAUGAAAACUAUUCUGAAAUCUCAUGGUUUAUGGGAUCUAGUUGAAAAUGGUCUCAAUGUUUCAGAUCUAAAGAAGGAGAAGGAGAUUGAAGAGACGAAGGUUACUGAGAAGGAGGAGAAGGAGAUAGAAGGUACGAAGGCUACUGAGAAGUCUACGAUGGCUGGAAUAUUGAUGAAGGAUGCUUGUGCACUCGGGUUAAUCCAAAGUGCUGUCUCCGAUCAGCUCUUUCCCAGAAUAGUGAACGAGGAGACCUCAAAGGGUGCUUGGGAUAUUCUGAAGUUGGAAUUCAGAGGAGAUAAACAGGUAAGAAAUGUAAAAUUGCAAGGGCUGCGUAGGGAAUUUGAAUAUACCCGCAUGAAGGAUAGUGAAUCUUUAUCUGUAUAUCUGGUUAGGUUGUUUGAUAUAAUAAAUCAUAUGAAGAGUUAUGGUGAGGAACUAUCUAGAGAGAGAAUUGUCCAGAAACUAUUGUUUAGUUUGCCUAAAUCUUAUGAUUCUAUCUGCUCUGUAAUUGAACACUCUAAGGACCUUGAAACUCUUGAGGUUCAAGAGGUUGUUGCUUCACUGAAGAGCUUUGAGCUCAGAUUGGAUAGACACACUGAGAAUUCUACAGAAAAGGCCUUCACUAGUCUGAAUGUUGGUAGGAAAAACCUUGAAAAUGGAAUUGCUUCUGCAGAUCAAAUAUCUCAGAAAAAUUGGAAAUCCAACGAUGGAAACAAAAUGGCCUGCAAACAUUGUGACAAAUUUCAUUAUGGCAAAUGUUGGUAUGAAGGAAGCCUAAAUGCCAUGGUUGUGGGAAGCCUGGACACAUGA